AUGGAUACCACCACCGAGGAAGGAUCUGAUUCGCCAGCAGGAGGGGAAGUCAGAGAAGAACAGGAGUUUUUGCGAUGGCUUCGGAGCCAUGGGGCUGCGAUCGACUGCGUGGAGUGGCCGUCGUCGGAGACUGAGAGUGGGGUUCGCGGAGCAGUGGCGAGGAGAGACAUCGCUCCAGGGGAUCACAUGGUCAUCAUCCCACACGCCCUCAUGAUGUCCGAGUUCCACGCCAAGGCCGACCCGAAAUAUGGCCAUGUCCAUCGUCUCAACACCCGCCUCCUGGGCAGCGACAACGGGCUCGCCCUCUACAUCAUGCAGGAGAUCUUGAAGGAGGAGCGGUCGUUCUAUUGGCCCUAUCUUCGCAUGCUACCCACCCCAUGCAACCUCCGGAACUGGAACAGAGAAAGCCUGCUCCUCCUGCAGGACCACAAGCUAGUUCGAAGGACGGCCGCCAGGAGUCGGCAGCUCCUGGCUCUGUACCGCGAGACGAUCGAGUUUCUAUCGAGCAGCUACCCGGAGCUGUACACGGCUGACCGGUACACGUUCGAGUUGUUCGAUUUUGCAUGGAGAACCAUACAGGCAAGAGCCUUUGGAAAGCGACUGAAGAGCUCGGCUCUUGUGCCGUUCGCGGAUUGCCUUAACCAUGGCAACGUCCAGACCAAGUAUGACUUCGACGUCGGAGGGAAUGGAACCUUUCGGCUCUUCCCUUCCGGCAAUAACCGCUACCCGAGGAACUCUGAGGUUCUCAACAGCUACGGUCGGAGGGCCAACGACAAUCUUCUUCUCGACUACGGCUUCGCGAUGCUCGACAACGAGUGGGAUGCAGCUGAGGUGAUUUGCUCUCUCCCUCCGUCCCACGACCAAUCGCCGCUCGACAGGAGAAGGAAGGCGUGCUUGCGCGCGAGCGGGCAACACACCGUUCGAAUACUCCGGGUGCGUCGUGACGUCUGGCCAGAGGAGUUGCUACGAUUUUGUCGCUGUGCGUGCCUCACCGCACCCGAGCUGGACAACCUCGAAGCACUGGGAGGGCAACAGGCAAGAAUGGCAUCGCAGAGCAGACCUUCCGGCGCGAUGCGACCGCGAGGUAUCGCCGGCACUGUUGAGCCCACCGCCGCGGCGGUACCACCAUACCAGGACCUGUGUCGGUGCGCUCGGCGCUCUUCAAAACAGGCAACAAGAGGCAGAGCCGAGUGCGGCAGCGGCAGCGGUGGCAGCGGCGACCGCACGGCGACCGGAGGGGCUACUGCAGCCCCUCUAUCUUCCUCAUUGCCAUCAUGCGAGAAGGCUCGUGAGGAUACCAUCAACAACAACAACGGCGAUGACGAUACUCUUCGUGAAGGUCUAUCUGUACACGCGUCCAAGUGCACCCUUCCUCUGCGAGACGAACACGAAGAAGGAAGCGGGGAUCGAGGGGAUCGAGGAGCCGGAGCCGGGGCAAAGGAGGAGGGGCAAGAAGACGGCGAUGUCCCCAGCGGCGCGGGAGGAGCAGGAGAGAAACGAGGAGGUGUAGACAGCCCCGACGAAAAUCCCGACGCCUCAGGCUGUCGUUUCCCGUGCAGGGCGUUGACGGCGCAGAACGAGGUCGCGGCGCUCACCGAGGCAGUCAAGUACCUCGCCCAAGCCAGGGACAACUACCCAACCACCCUGGAGCACGACGAGAACGCGUACCGGGAAGCACGAACAUCACCGGACUCGUCACCGGAGCUGGCAACAGCGUUGAUCUACCGAGUCACGGUCAAGCGGAUUCUGGCGCGGCAACUAGAGAUGGCCGAAGCAGCGAAUGCGUUUGUUCAGAACAUCGCUGCUGUGCGGGAUCAGUUUCAGUCCUCGGACGAGAAUGGCAAGGGCGCCGGGCACGAGAAUGGGUCGUCAAUGGUAUCUGCUCCGGUUUCUUCAUCCCGCUUGGACCAUCUCCUGGCGUCUCCGCCUUCGCCACCGUCACGCCUGUCGUCGCCGCCGCUCUCAACCCGGGCAUCAUCGACGACCGGCGGCGGCAUCGAAAACAAAUGCCACCAGCAUCACCUUCAGAGCCAUCGUUUCUCCCUGGCAACAGGGAUCGAUUCGCCGUCCUUCGUAUCGUACUUGGCGGACGUCGAGAGCGUGAUAGUCUACCAAAGGGAAGCUGCUACCGCCGCCGCUGCAGCAUACCAACCAGAAUGA